AUGUCUCUUUUACCCCUCGUGGAAGCUGUAGACUCUUUCCCAUAUGACUCAAAUGAAUACCACUACACUUUCAUCAGUCAUGACGGCCAUCCGUUGGGGUACAUGACGCCAGAGCUGGCCAAAGGCUUCAAAUACUGCUCACAGGCAGAGUUGUUCGACGUGAACGAUCAAAAGAGAACUGUCACCAUGCUGCCAAACCUCGAUACGUUCGAAAAGAGAAGUAAGGUUAUUGCGGAAUUGGCUAGUGAGUGGAAAUCAAAAGACCCUCUUGUGGCCAAAGGGUGGAGAGACGAGCUCUACGUGGUAUUUUCACCAAGAACAGUUCCCUAUUUCACCGUGGAGAGGGCGUUUUCGGGUCCUCUUGGUGUGGUCACGUAUGGUGUUCACAUAAAUGGCAUAGUGCCAGCGUCCAAGUCGUCCAACGGAAAAACCAAGAUGUGGGUCCCACGAAGACUGAAGACCAAGGCGACUUACCCAGGAAAGCUUGAUAACACCAUUGCCGGAGGGGUAGCCUACCCAUUGGGGCUUUGGGACAAUGUGAUCAAGGAAUGCUAUGAGGAAGGUGGUAUGAGCAAGGAAUUCGUGGAGCCUCGUCUUACAUCUGCUGGGGUGAUUCUGUACCUUUGUCAGCCGUAUGGUCCAAAAGGCGAUGCACAGCCUGAAGUAGAGUACAUCUACGAUUUGGUAUUUGAGUCAGAGACUGAGUACCAGCCUGAGCCAGUGGAUGGAGAAGCAGAGGAGUUUCGAUUGAUGGACUUGGACGAGGUGCUUGAACGGAUGAAAAAUGGUGAGUUCAAGCCCAAUUGCACGUUAGUGAUUGUAGACUUUUUAAUUCGUCAUGGAAUAAUUACGCCAGAAAAUGAAGAGAACUACCUUGAGAUUGUGUCAAGGAUACACAGAAGGUUUCCUUUUGCAACAAGAAAUUAA